AUGGCUCGGGCGAUAGCCCUGGCGCGGUCGGCUUUGGGAUCCACCAGUCCCAACCCUGCUGUGGGUGCGGUGAUCGUUGGCGAGACCGGCGUGGUCGGGGAGGGAUUCACCUUGCCUCCCGGUCAGGCCCACGCGGAGAUCGGGGCCCUGAACCAGGCCGGUCAAACCGCUGCCGGAGCGACGCUGUACUGCACCCUGGAGCCCUGCUGCCAUCACGGUCGCACCCCUCCGUGCACUGACGCCAUCAUCGCUGCCGGAGUUGGACGGGUCGUAUACGCGGUUACCGACCCCAACCCGCGCGUAUCCGGCGGGGGCGCGGAGGCGCUCCGCUCUGCCGGAAUCGACGCCGAACAUCGCCCGGACCCGAGGGCUGAGUUGCUGUACGAGGCGUUCGCCAGGCAUGUCACCACCGGAUUGCCCUUCGUGGUGGCCAAGUUCGCCAUGAGCCUGGACGGCAAGAUCGCCACCCGGACCGGCGACUCCCAGUGGAUCACGGGACCCGACGCCCGCGCCCGCGUCCAGCAGAUGCGGAAAGAACUGGAUGGCAUCAUGGUCGGCAUCGGCACUGCCCUGGCCGACGAUCCGCAACUGACAGCCCGCGACGACCACGGUGAUCCUCUCCCGACCAAUUUGCAGCCCCUGCGCAUCGUCGUCGACAGUGACGCUCGCACCCCGGUCGGGGCUCGUAUGCUCAGCCAACCCGGGCGAACCCUGAUCGCCACGGCGGCCGGCGCCGAUCCCGCUCGUUCCGCGGCUUUGCAGGACGCGGGAGCCGACGUGCUGUCGUUCCCCGGCGCCGACGGGCGCGUCAAUCUGACGGCAUUGAUGGAACACUUGGGUCGUCAGGGCGUGGUCAGCGUACUGGUCGAGGGCGGCGGCCGCGUGCUGGGCGCGUUGCUUGAUGCCAGCCUGAUGGAUAAGGUAGCCGUGUUCCUCGGACCGAUGUUGAUCGGGGGUGCGGCUGCCCGCUCGCCCGUCGAGGGCGACGGCGCUACCACGAUGGCCGAAGUGUCCAGGCUUGAACGCAUUACAAUGGAAGCGAUCGGACCCGAUUGGCUGAUUACCGGCUAUCCCAUUCGCGGAGGCGACUGA